UUAUUUCGGCAAUCGUCAAGUAUCUAUUUGGGUGGAAUUCGUAGCUUUAGAUAAUAUAUGUAGUUUGAUAAAAAAUAGUCAGCAUUUCUUGAAGUACAUUCGUGUUAGAUGUAGGGUUACUACAUUAUUUAAGAUUAAACAUAUUCAAAAUUAACAUCACUUUGUUGCAAAAGUUUCUCUAUUUGAGUUUUAAAUAUUUAUAAUAUUCUGACCAGUAGCUUAACCUUGAAUUUAUCAGUAUCGGUCACAUAUAAUUUUGCAGUACAAGUCAAGUCAUUCGCCUAAAUUCACUAAACCAGCGUUAUCAUGGUAUCCGGUGCGCUCUUUAAGUCUGUGAAAAGUUCUUUGUCAUUGGUACAAUGUGCAAAGACAUCUGUAUCCAGAGUGAGAACAUUCACAAGUGUAUUGAACGAUCAGCAACGUGAAAUUCAGGAAUUAGCAAAGCAAUUUUCAGAUGAACAGCUCAAGCCAAAUGCUAGGAAAUUAGAUUUGGAAGCGAGAUUCCCCUUUGACCAGAUCAAACGCCUCACUGACAUGGGCUUUAUGGGCAUGACAGUGGAAGAGGCGUACGGAGGUCGAGAGCUCGACUACCUAUCGGUGGCCGUAGCAGUCGAGGAGCUGUCCCGGGGCUGCGCCAGCACCGGCAUGAUUAUGAGCCUCCAUAACUUCCUCUAUGCUAACCUGGUCAAUGAAAAAGGCACACCGCAACAGAAGGAAAUAUUUCUAUGUGAUUUUACUAGGGGAUCCAUCGGAUGUUUCGCACUAAGUGAACCGGACGCAGGCAGUGACGUAGCCAGUAUAAAAACUACAGCGACCUUCGAUGGUGACCACGUGAUUUUGAAUGGCAAGAAGAGCUGGGUAUCUUCUGCUAUUGAGGGAUCUGCGCUCAUUGUGUUUGCUACUGUAGACCCUGAGCUACGACACAAAGGACUAGCGUGUUUCCUCGUUCCAAUGGACGCAGAAGGAGUAUUCAGAGGGAAGAAACAACCCCUGAUGAGUGUCAGCGAAUUUGACAGGGCCGUGACGGCGUGUGACGUCACAUUCGAGGAGGUGCGGAUACCUAAGACCUACAUGGUUGGUCAGGUAGGCGAAGGAUUCAAAAUCGCAAUGGAACAGUUGGACCAAGCGAGGAUAGGCAUCGCCGCCCACGCUGUGGGUAUAGCCCAAGCGGCUCUGGACACUGCUAUUGAUUAUGCCAAGGAAAGGGAAGCUUUUGGUAAAAAGCUGACAAGGCUAUCUUCAGUUAAGGAUCGUCUGACCGAGAUGAGUAUAAUGACGGAGACUGCUCGACUGCUGACGUACCGAGCAGCGACGCAAGUCAGCACCAAGAACAGUUCAAUGGCGAAGUACGUCGCGGGCAAGAACGCUACUGCCGUCGCCGACCAUUGUGUACAGAUACUCGGUGGUCGCGGACUUGCCACCACGCACAACGCCGAGAGGCAUUACAGGGAUGCAAGAGGUACGCAGAUAUACGGAGGAGUGACGGACAUACAGAAGCGUCUCGUCGGCCAUUACCUGCUGAAGGAACACGACGCUCUCUGAUGACGUCACGAAACUACUGCAGCUAGUCUAAGUU